AUGACGGAAGAAGUUUCCCUGACGGGCUACCGAACCGUCUUCGGCGGAUCCAAAGCUCGGGGGACCGGCAUUCUGUUGGAUAGCAAACGGGCGCAUGUGACCCAUGAUCUUAAGAUACCUUUAAGUUCCCUGGAAUAUGUCAUGAUUGAGGUGAUUCCUAACCGGGUGAACAAGAAAAGCGUGUUUAUUCUGAACGUGUAUAGUGCGCCGAGGGACAGGGUGCAGAGAUUCAAGCUGCUUCUGCAGAAGGCUUCUAAGCUUGCCGGGGACCAUCCACUGAUCGUGGCUGGGGAUUUUAAUGCUCCGUAUCAUAAGGUGAAACGGUUCAAGGAGAAGAGAGCAUACCAGUACUUUAUGCAGAUGGCCAGCGCGUUGGCUUACCUGCACUACAAGGACAUAGCCCAUCGGGACCUCAAGUGCGAGAACAUCUUGUUCACGUCGACAAACUACGUGAAGCUCGCCGACUUCAGCUUCGCACGAUACUGCAGUUCCCUGGAACGAGAGUGGCCCCUGGAGCGGGAGCGGGUCCUGAGGGCCUUGCGGCCCCUGGAAGACGAGCGUUCCGUCGAGCGACCCCUAGAAGGGGCACGGUCCUGGUAG